AUGUCGACAACAAGAAAAAACAAUUUACUGGUCAAAAAUACUGGAAUGAGCUUAAAUGACAGGUUCACACAAAUACAAAAAAAAUCUAAACCAACUGCAGAUGAUGAACUUGUGAGAAAACAUCGAAUUCUUUCAUUUAACAUGGAACGUAGACCCGAAGUGGCAGCUUCCUUAUUGUUAAAUCAGGAAUUUGUGGGUAGAGAACGACUUCGAGUACCGCUUCCGCCACCCUUACCUCCUCCAAGACCUGAAAUCGACAAUCGCAUGUAUAAUACUAUUAUACAUGAUAUGAUAAGAUCAACAGAUCGAUUAGGUAUUCCUGUUCAUGAAAGACUAAGUAUAGGAAGAGUUCCAGUGGUGGAAGAUAGAAGGAGAAUAAGGAGAAGAAGAGGCCCUAAGACUAAAACACGUGAACCUGUUAAACUCAAUGUAAACACAAAUGGAAAUAUUCCAGGAAUUCCUAAGGUUUCUAAAUCUAAAAAGCGGAAAAUAUCAAAACAGAGGGAUCAGUUUCCUCGUAAAGAACAAGUAUUUUCCAAAGAAGAUUUAGACCAACAACUGGAUCAGUUUAUGUCGCAUACCAAACAAAAACGAGAUGAAGAAUUGAAUAGAGUUAUUCAAGAACAUUCUUAACAAAUCAUGUACAAUUAAAUAUUUAUAAUUCAUUUAUUUAGUAAAAAUUAUUUUAAUUAUUCAUGGGUAUGAUACGUAACAUUCAAAGUAUAUAAUUAAAUAUUUCUAAAUACUGCCUUAUUUUAAU